CCUCCCUCUCUCUAUUACACUCACAUUUCCCCUGCCCUGCUGUGCCCUCUCAUAUCCUGCUUUCUAGAACCCCAAAGGAACAUGUCUGAUUACCAUAUUCGUCUGUACAAGAACUCAGACUAUGAGGUGGCAAGGGACCUUUUUGCUCAGGGUCUUCUGGAAAACACCCGGGAAGCCUUUGAUCAUGCUCUCAGACUUCCUCGUGUAUGGAUUUGUAUGUUUCUUGUGUUUCUGAUUCCUCUCUUGACCACUCAAUCUAUUCCUCUUUCCAUCUUGUGUGUGACCUUGGCACUGGCUCUUCUCUGGCUGUGCACCAGAGACCUUUACAGUUCAUAUAUCCAGUAUUGCCUGUCUGAUGACAUGAAGAACAUUCCCAAGUACUACCUGGAGAGAGACGGUUAUUGCUUCUGGGUGGCUGAAUCAUCUGGUCAGCCAGUGGGAAUAGUGGCUGCUGUUCCCUCACCCCUUGCAGAUCAGUAUGUGGAACUGAAGAGAUUAUCUGUAGCCGAGAGUCACAGAGGCAAAGGAGUUGCAACUGCUUUGUGUAGGACACUUAUUGACUUUGCCCGAGACAGGGGAUGUGAGGCUGUGGUCCUGGAUACAACUUUAGCUCAGCUAGCUGCUCAGCGGCUUUAUGAGAAAAUGGGAUUCAAGUUCAUUCAUACUUUUUAUUACCCAAAAAUUACAGCAAAACUUACAGAUUUCAGGUUCCUCACUUACCAAUAUGAUCUACCAAGACCAAGAUAAUAUUUUUCAUGCACUACUUUUCACUUGUAGGGCGACUAAUGAACAGGAUUUUGUUCUGUUUAAUUUCUAACCUCACCAUUUCUUCCUCUGUGACCUCCUUUGUUUUAUUGUUUAUUAAAUUAAUAUUUCUCUCUAUUUCUUAUUUUUGUUGUGGAAAUAGGUUUAGAAAUUGUGGAAAAAUAAAUAUAAAAAUUUAAGGAAAAUGCUCAGUUUGAAUGAGAGAACUUCCUCAAGAAAAAUAUUGUUCUUGGACCACAGAAAGAUGUCUUUCCAAAUAGCAAGGAACAAUUGGCCUUGCAAAUAUGACUGUUUGAGCUACUAUAUUAAUACACAAAUUAUAUGGUGUCUAACAUGUAAAUUCAACAUUUAUUUUAAGAAUGCUAUUCAUUGUGAAAAGACUUGUGUCAUUGUGUACUCAAAAGCCAACUGUUGCUGUAUAGUCUUCCAGGCACAUAAGGAACAAAGAAAAUUGCAUAAUAGAAGAAAAUUGGAAAAUUUUAUAAAAUUGUAUCUUUUAUCUGAAUCAUGAAAUAAAAAAAUGUGGUUUCAUAUUC